GAAUGGGAAUCCCACAAAGAUGAAAUCCGAAGAAUAUACAUGGAGCAAGACAAAACACUCAAGGAUACGAUGCAGUAUUUCAAACAAGAACACAACUUCAGCUGGAGUGAACGCAAAUGGAAAGAAAAGCUGCAGGAAUGGGGGUUCGAGAAGAAUAUCCCUGCCAAGGAGAUGAAGUUCAUGGCAACCAAAGCCUGGAAGAGGGAAUUAGAAGAAGGAAAAGAGACGCUAUUUUGUCGCAAUGGGACGGUGGUUGAUCGCGGCAAGGUCGAGAUGUUCAAGAAGCAGAAACUGAAUUCGGAGAACUCUUUCGUUAUUCGGUCUAUACCA